UCAGGGUGGGAUAGAGGCUUGGGUCAUACAACCUGGAAGUGAAGUGAAACGCAGCAACAGGAAGUGGAGAAGGCAGGAAAAAAAGAACUUUUAUCUCUCAGUGACUGAGAAAAAGGAGCUGCUCCCAGUUGCAGCAUACAGCCAAGAAAACACAGGAGUGGCUGAGGGACAACUCUGUGAAUGUCCUUGAGUGGCCCAACCAGAGCCCUGACUUGAACCCAAUCAAACAGCUCUAGAGAGACCUGAAAAUUUGCUGUCCACCAACAAUCCCCAUCCAUCCAGUCAGAGCUUGAGAAAAACUGCAGAGAAGAAUGGCAGAAAAUCCCCAAGUCCAGGUUUGCAAACCUUGUGGCAUCAUACCUGAGAAGACUGGAGGCUGUAAUCGCUGCCAAAGGUGCUUCAGGACUCAGAAAGUUGUCUCCAGCCAAGGUAAAAUCAAAGUGAAUCCUAUGUUCAUGCUGGACAGCCUUGUGGACAUCAUCUGACAUGGAUGGACAGAGGAUAGACAAGUACCAGAGCCACCUCACUAACAGGAUACUAAACCUUACACUUGAGAUAAUCUUCAUUCUAACUGGAGAGGAUUAUGCAAUAGUGAAAAAGAAAUCUGGAGAGCAUGUAACCCCAAAAAGCUCACCCAUUAUGUUAGGAGGAAGGAGUAAGACCCAGUUCACAGACCCUUCAUCUCUCUUGCUGAUACAUGAGAGGAACAAUAAGCAGAAGAUCCUAGAACUAACCAGCAAGAUCACUGAGCUGCUGACUGGAGAGGUCCCUUUAAGGUGUGAAGAUGUUACCGUCUAUUUUUCCAUGGAGGAGUGGGAGUAUUUAGAAGGACACAAGGAUCUCUACAAAGAUGUCAUGAUAGAGAAACAACAGGCCCUCACCUCACCGGAUUUACCAAAAAAUGUCCAAUUUGAAUAUCAAUGGGCUGAUCGUAAGAAUAAACCAGUCCUGUGUGAUGGAGCAGACACUAGAGACACCAAAAUUUGCACACCUAAUAUACCUUUAGAUGACUUAAAACAAUAUAAAUUUCCACAUAUUAAAGAAGAACCAGUGUCAUUUGAAGAGGGAAGUCUUCUACACUCUGAAAUAUAUACACCUUCAGAUCGUAUACAUUAUAAAUCAUUUCAUAUUGAGGAGGAGCUAUGUGAUGAAAGGUACCUCACAGCCUCAAAGAUGUUUACACCUACAGAACAUAUCCAAAAAUUCUCAUCUCCAUACAUUAAGGAAGAACAAGUCUCCUGGGAGGAAGAUCAUCUUCUAGACAUUGACAUUUAUACUUCCAGAGAUCAUCUGCAAUACCCACCUACUCUUGUUAAUGAAGACCCAGGUUCAUUGGAAGAACGGAGGCUCAGAGAUGCCAACAUUUAUACACCUGUAAUGAACACAAAAACGCGAUUUAUGGCUGUGAACCAAGCAACUCAUGCCUCAGGUCAAACAUAUUAUAUCUUUGAGGAUCAAAAACAUCUCAAUGACAGCUCAGAGUUCUUAGGACAUAAAGCUUCUCAACUUUUUGAAUGUUCCAAAUGUGGGGAUUGUUUCAGAACAAGGUCACUCUUUGAUGUCCAUCAGAGAAUUCAUAAAGGGAUGAAAAUAUAUCCUUGUCAGGAAUGCGGAAAAUGUUUUAGUUGCAGUGCCCACCUUACACUUCAUCAGCGGGUUCAUACUGGGGAGAGACCUUUUUCCUGUUCGGACUGCGGCAAAUGUUUCAACCGUAAUGCUCACCUGACGGUGCACCGUAGGAUACACACAGGAGAGAGACCAUACUCUUGCAACAUAUGUGAGAAGAGUUUCAAUUGUAGCGCCAGCCUUAUUGUUCAUAGGAGAAUUCACACAGGUGAGAAACCUUAUCCUUGCCUUGUAUGCGGUAAACGUUUUUCCACCAACUCUGACCGUGCAAAACAUCAAAAGGUCCAUACUGGUAUGAAAUCUGUCUCUUGUUUGGACUGCAAGAAAAGCUUCAAUUGCAAGUCGCAUCUGAUUAAACACCAGAAAAUUCACAUUAGUGAAAAGCCUUAUUCUUGUUCUGUCUGUGGUAAACGUUUUGUCCAGAAGCCACUGCUGACGUUGCAUUUAAAGACACAUACAAACCAGUGACUACAUCUUAUUUCUCCUUACAAAAAUGUAAACUAUAUCAUACCCGCUGUAGAAUGCUUUAGUAAAGCUAUUAGGGGUAAUUGCUCCUAGUAAAUGCCUUCCGAGGUCCUCAGCAGGAAGCCAAAGUGAGGCCUCUAAGUACAUCAGAGCACUUUCUUAAGCGUCAUAAGAUGCCCUGCGUUGUGUAUGGCGAUGUGGCAUGUGCUGAGUUGAACUAUAUACAGUAUAUGGGAAAGGAAAGAUGCUCUGCACUGUGUAUUUGUAGGUCUCUGAAGAACCUUAUCUUAUGCUUGGCAGACAUGAGAUGCUUCAGACUGUGUAUUCUGGAAAAUAUAAUGUAAUGGGAAAGAUAACAAAAAUAUGGUGCUUCUGGCUGGUCAACAGGGCUCUCUGUAGGGCAGAAUAAGUCAUCAAUAUCAGAAAUGCGGGGGUCCGACACCUAGGACCUCCGCUGAUCAAUUGUUAAAAGAGCCCAGGCUUUCUGUUAAUGCCGCAGCCUCUUCCAAGACCAGUGACUUCACCGUACAAUGGUCACAUGGCCAGCUGCAACUCAGCCCCAUUCAAGUCCAUGGGGCUGAGCUGCAAUACCAAGCACAGCCGCUAUACAUAGUGCAGCAUUGUGCUUGGAAAGCUGCCGGGAGCCCACAGUGCUCACUAUAGCUAGGGUGAGCACAUUGGCUCUCUGAAACAGCCGAUCGGUGGGGGUGCCGGGAUCUGGACCACAGCCAAUGUGAUAAUGAUGACCUAUCCAGGGGAUAGCUCAACAUUAUCUUUUCCAGGAUAACCCCAUUAACAUUUAGGGAGCAUUUAGGUGGACAAUUAAAGGAGUUGUCCACCUUUUAGAUAUUCAUCAUGACCUGCCUUCAGAUGUUAUUAAUAUCAGAUCAUUGGGGAUCC